AUUUUUUUAUAUUCCAUCCAGUAUAUAUACUAUUCAACUUAGAAAUAUCAAUUUCACAUAGAUAUUAAUAUAAAGGGUGAUAUAUACAAAUUUUAAUACAAAUUUACAAAGUUCAAUUAACACUGGGUUGAAAAUAUACUAAAAAUGUUAUUACUCCCAAAAUAUCAAGGUUAGGUGUAAGCCUCUUCUUUAAAAAAUAUUGAAGCAUUUCAAUUAGAUAGUCAUUUAAGCAGUAAAUAGCUUCCAUCAUCUAACACAAAUCUAGAUUUGAUUAAUCUAAAUAAUGGUUAAAAUAAUAAUAUUUAAUAAAUAAGUGAUAAAAAAUAUACUUCAGAUAAAAGCGUUAACUUUUAAAACCUUUUAAUUUAAGAUUCUGCCAAAAAGGCUAAGUAAAAUGGAGGAAGCUUUUCUCAAUUAAAAUAUUCAUAAACCGCCUUGGACAGCAAAGAGAGUUUUUCUGAGUUGCCAAAUGAUUCACAGGGUUUAAUAUAAACUAUGAUGAGCUUUAACAAAAAUAAUCAGCAGUUACUCAAAAAAGGAAAUAUAGUUACCUUCAAAUCUUAAGAAAUUUUACAAUAUCAAGACUAAUUAAGUGGAUAAAAAUCUAAAUCAUCAUAGAAUCUUCAACGUAAUCGUAAAUAUCACAAUGGCUUAAACCAUGAAUAAUUGUAGAAAUAAUAGUCUAUUCAAUAAAAGUCAAGCACCCAGUUACCUUUUACUUCUGCGGUAAGUAACCACUUCCUUGUUCCUAAAAAGAUAAGUUCUUAAGUAACUUUGAAGACAAUAAUUAACUUAAAUCAUGGAGGUAACGAAAAGAGAAACUCUAUCAACAGCGACAAAAAUCUUCCUCUUUUAAGUUAAGAUUAGUAAAAUAAACAUAUUUCUAGUGAUAAAAACAUAGUGUAUAUAAAAGAUAGAUUCAUCGAUACUAGAGAAUAGACAAAAGUUAACAAAAGAUAUUAGGUAGAAUAAGAAAUGUCCUCUUUAGAUUCUAUAAUGCAAUAAAAUAAAGCAUAGCUUUCUACAGCUUAAAAUUCAACUUAAAAAUAAUUUAGCAACAGAAAAUAAAAUUUAUCUCAUAAUAUUUUAGAUGAUGGAGUAGCUAUUGGAUAGUUAAAGUUUGGUUAGACUGGUUCAUUAUAAAUAUAUAAACAACCUGCAUCAUUACAAGAACCGUGUAUUAAUACUUAAUAACCAGAAUCUCCAGAAGCUGUAACCAAAACAGUUACUAUAUUAAAGAAACCCUCUUCUCGUCAUUAACCCAGCAGAAUGAAGUUUAUUACAGUUACAAAAUAUACUAAUUAAUAGAAAAAGAGUCUUCCUUCAACACCAAUAAAUAAUGCAAAUCAAAGAUAAGAUGUUUUAACCUAAUAAUAUUCUAGCCGAAAUGCUUAUUAGGGAAUGAAUAGUCUUGAAAUUCGCCCCUUCUCAAUUGACUCUUCAAUUUAAAAGAGAGAUGUUUUAAAAAAUGCAUUAUAGAAUUAAUUAAAAACAUAAAUUAGUUAGCUUCAAGAGAAAAAUGAGUUAGGUCUAAUUAGAAACUUCAAUAAUACAUCAAGAUCUCUAAUAGGAGAAUAGUUACCAUCUUUUUAAUAGCUGAAACAAAAAACAAAUUCAUAACAAAAACUAAAAACAUAACAAUCAACUCAACAAAUUUAAUAUAUUUAAGAUCCUCUUGCUAAUUCAGUAAAAGUUUUGAACUCCGAUUAGCAGAAUUUUCUUUAAAGGAGUAUAAAUUUAAUUAAUAAUGUCUUCCCUAAAGGGUAGAGCUGUGUUUAAAUUUAGCCAUUUGAAUCAAACACCCUAAAUGACCUCAGCAGAUCAAAAAAAGUAAUUUAAGAGAAAUUAGAACAAGUAUAGACUUAAAAGUCAUUAAAGAGAAUUACAUUUAAUCUUGAAAAAAGUGAUUCAGAAGAUGAUAAAAGUUACUCAAAUGCUCCUAAGAAGUCUUACUCCUACCUAAAAGAUCUUCCUGAAUCUUAACUAGGAAGCCAAGAAAAUUCAUAAAAUUAUUAAUAUGAAAUAAAACAUAUUGAUGAAUAAUAGGAUGAGCAAAGUCAAAACAAAGAAACUGAAAUCUAAAAUGAGCCUAGAAAUACAUUAUCAAGAGAAAGUUUGAGAGCUUUUAGCUCUAAGAGAGAUAUAAAUAGUCCAAAAUAAGCACUAAGUGAGAAAGUGUAGAGUAGUAUAAAUCAGCUCAAAGAUGAUUUAAGCAAUAUAACUGAGGGAGAAAGCUAGGAGGAAUAAAAAAAAGAUGAAUUCUAAAUAACUUUAGAUUAAACUAAAAACUAUUAAAAGGGCAUAGACAUAGAAAAGGAAAUUCAGAAGUAAAAACUUCAAAGACAGCGCACACAGUAAACUAAAGUUCAAGAAUUGAUUAGCACUAUCCAAAAUAAUGCGAUGGAAAAUGAGAUUAGCGAAUCUAGAAUGCAACGCAGUAAGAUAUUCAAUUUCAAAAAGUAGAAGUCUAAGAUUUUAGAAGAGCAAAAGAUUUAGAAGAAGAAAGAGUUUGAAGAAAAUCUAUAGCAAAUAAAAGAAAAGAAUGAAUACAAAGAUAGAGAGAUUGAUUUGCUAGAACAUGAGUAUCUAACUGGAGGCAAAUUUAAUUAGAAAAAUUAUAACAAUCUGAAAAUAAACAGACAAGUCAAAAGGACUAAAGAGCAGAUAGUAAAUAUUUUCAAGCAAACUGUUAAACUCUUACAAAGACUCAAUAUAAAUCCAUAGGAUGUCAUUAACAACAAGAUUUUUAGUUCUAAGCCAUUUGAAAAAGAGAGAUCCUAAGAAUUUUUCGCUUGUGUUAAAGCUAAUAACGUGGAAUAAGUAUCAUACCUGCUUAGAGUUGACAAAUUUCUUGUAUAUGACUACGACUUUUAUUUUAUGACACCACUUCAUUGGGCUUGCAAAAGAGGACUCUUAAAAAUGACUUAAUUGCUAAUUAAAUUUAAUUCUGAUUUAGAGGCAGAAGACUUAGUAGGAAGAACACCACUCUUUUUUGCUAUAGAAGGAAAUUGGGAAGCAGUUAUUGAAUGUCUUCUAGUCAACAAAGCAAGUCCGUACAAGACUAAAUACUUCGAUUAUUCUCAACUAGCUAAAACAUACGUGGUGUCAAAGAUGCUAAGUAUAUGCCGCAGACUGCACUGGGCGAUUAAGCUAAACCCUAACCCUAAUAAAGAAGAGUAAUGGAAAAAAGAAGUUGCUGGAUUAUAUACGAUAAGGUAAUAGUAAUAAUAUUUAGAGGAAGAAUAAAUCAAGAAGAAAGAAUUAGGGCUAAUUUGA